AUCUUUGACAGACAGUGAAUCAGUUCAAAGGAGUGUAUAAAUGAGUGAACAUCACAUGGAUGAUAAAACAAAACCAGACGAAAAUUGUGAGUCUAUAAAUAUGGCGACGCCAGAGUUGAAUGUCGACAAAAUUGUGGAAAUUUUUCGCGAAAUUGUAAAGCGCAAGACAGCGUACAAUGAAACAAAUCUGCAUUACGAGUACUUUAAGCGGGUUGGUGAUACAAUACCAUUCAAAUCACAUGGAUACUCAUCGUUGCGCGAUUUGAUUCAGAAAACUGCCGGCGAUCAAUUUUACUUUGAACGAGUCAGCAAAGAUUUGGAAUUCAUUGCACCCAAACGGAUCGAUCACGAUUAUUCAACGGUGAAUAAGGCAUUGAAAAAGGUUACAACGACGGUGUCGACAAAUGGAAAAGAUGAAUGCUACAGUAUAUGUUCGGAUGCAACAAAACGUAUACGAGUAUCGAAUAAUAUUAUUUUUGGCCAACCAAAAUCGACGGGAAUCAACAAUCCAUUCCAGAAUAUUCGCAAUGACAUUAAAAUUUCGUUCGAUUUUGGCGCACAAAAGCGUGAAGUCGAUUGCCAAUCGACAACAAUUGAUGCAAGUACCAUGGAACAAACAGAGAGCGUCGCAAAUGACAAACAACAGCUGGCUGAAGAUGAUGUGACUUGUGGCGGCACUUAUUCAACGGCACGAACCAAAGUUGAACCAAUGAUCAUAGAAGAAGACACCGAUAAUUUUCCAUGGGACGAUAAGUAUUGGCACUUGAAAAUCUCGCAUGUCAAUUCAACAAACGAAGUGUGGGCACGGUUCUUUGAUAAAUUUGAUGAACAAAUGCGUAAAAUGACAUCAAAACUCAUUCAAACGAUCACCGCCAAUCCGAAACGCUGUCGAAUCCGAAGCAAUGAUGAUUUGUAUGUGGUGAAGGAUAAGCAAAACUACUAUCGCGCGACUGUACUGAAAAUUGAGCCGGAAAUUGUUCAGUGCAAGUGUUUUUUAGUCGACAUUGGCUGCGUCAAGUGGUUUGAUGAAGACGAAAUUUUCAUAUGUCCACGUGAAUUCCGUGACAUACCAGCAUUGGCGAUGCGUUUCUGUUUGUACGGUUUGGUUGAAUUCAAAAAUAGCCGAAGUGCCAGCGAGAUUACGGUGAAUGAGUUGUCAAACAAAGAGCUAUGGGCCAAAAUUAAAAUCAAACCAAAGGAUUUCUAUAAACAAACCGGCAAACACAAGCCAAUUCCGGUCAUUUUGUACGAUACCAUGAAUCGAAAUGCACGCACAAAUAUCAGCGCUGACAUAAUGGAAAAAAUUGUGGCCACAUUUAAACCGCCAAAAUUGUCAAAGACACGCACAAACUACGUUUCAAUCACGCACAUUUCAAAGGUGACCGGCAACAUUUAUUGCCAUUUGAUCAACAGCAUGAACGAUUUGAAGUAUGUGAUUGGAAUGAUCGAUGCGGUGGUUGAAAAUGGAGUGCGCCAGUCAUACGAGCAUUUUGAAUCCGAAACGGAUUUACACGAAUUGUUAGCGAUCAAUGCGAAUAAAUUGUAUUUGAUUUAUUCGGAACACGAUCAAAUGUGGUAUCGGGCCACAAUUUUACAGUUGGAAACUGAUGUGAGCGAAUCAACCGAGAAGAAUAUUUGCCGUCAAUGUAACGUUUACUGUUUUCUGGUUGAUUACGGAAAUACACGAGUUGUGAAUUUGACAAAUGUUUAUGAUUUGCCGGGCAUUUUGGCACGUUAUCCACAUCUUGCGGUUGCCAUUACAUUGGAUGGUGUACACAUGAGUCGCACCAAAAUCGAUCAAUUGAAGAUGCUCCUAUUGCCCGGAGACAAUGUUUUUGUCGAUGUCAUCGAAACGAUGAACUGUGGCGAUAGCAACAAAACCAAAACGGUUUCAGUGGCAAAAAUAUCGAAACUUGAAAAGAACAUGGUGAACAACGAAACGUAUGUGUCUGAUAUCAAUUGGAAACUUAAGAAUGGCCACUAAAUGAAAGAGAAAAAACUGUUUGAAAAUGAAGCAAAUUCAAUCUGAAUUUUGAAAUAAGCACUAAAAAUUAAGAUUUAAAAUUUUGACAACAAAAAAGAGAAAAACGAUGACUUAUUUUAAAAUAAUAAUGUUAUUUAAUUCGAACGGAAUUUCAAUAAAGACAUUUUUUAAAAAAAUAAA